GUAUAGCGGCGAACCAGCUAACAGAGUGCUGUGGCGAAAGUGAAGUGUGAAGUGACGCGUUUGUAAAAUAUUUUGUGCUUUAUAUAUAACACGAGAUUAUUAAAAUUGUCUGAAAAACACUUGGCAAUACAAUAGUUUGGAACAUGAAUCCUUUACUAAUUAUGUCAGUACAUCCACAAAUGCAACUAACAGUGAUUGUUUGAAGAACUAAUCACUGAUUUACACGGAAAUCGGGAAGGUGGACAAUGCCCCAGAUUCCGGGAACACACCACUUACCACCUACCCUGCCGGAGAGUCACGACAUGCGGACAAGGUCGUGGAGCUACCUACAACAAUUACACGGAGAUCCUACCAGUCUCCCCAGCACUGUGGAUGUGAAUGCUCUAAAGUCCGGCCCGUCUGAUAAUAUAACCAGCAAGAACAUGGACACAAGCAGCUCGUCUUCAGAGUCCGAUGGCUCGAGUAGCAGUAGUGACAGUGAAUCUAGUACAACGUCUGAGCACCAUAAACGUCGAAAAUCCCCCGUACAGACGCCUCAAUUCAGCGUGACGAGCUCUGACAAGAGUGGUCUAAAAAUGAAAAUAGCAGCCAUACCGCGAGGUGAAACUGCCAAUCCAAAGUUGUGUAACAACAAUUCAUCUCCGCUCCUGAAAGCGAAUGAUAAGAAGGCAAAGACUACGAAGACUCCUGAAGCUUCAACCUCUAAGAAAAGCACGACGGAAGCAUCCAGCACCAGUUCAUGCUGCUCAGCAUGCGAUGACAGUGAAAGUGAUUCAAGCUCCGAUGAAAAUACAAAUAUUAAUCAACAGAAAAUAUUGAAGAAACAGAAAAAAAUCAGGAGAAAGAAGACUAGUCGAAGCGCAUCUACGAGCAGUGGUGAACGAAGCGAUUCGAGUGAUUCAGAAUCAAGCGAUGGAGUUCUGCAAGAAAUUAAUCCAGAAGAUUUGGCAGCCAUUCUACCUAAUGAAAAUUUCAAUGAAUUUGAGACAGAAGCCUGUAUCCCAAUGCCCACAACUGCCACUUCUGCCAAUUCAUCCUCAAAUACAUCGAGAUUUGUACAACAAACAAAUGCAACAAAUGUACCAUCACUCACUGAUCCGGGAGUCGAUGGCUCAUCCAGUGAUAUGGAAUUGCCGGCAAUUGUAAAUGCUGCUAUUGAGCGAGUUGAAAAUUGUUCGGACAGUGAGGUUGGUGGAAAACUUAUUGCACCUCCAAUGCAGUACAACUCACCACUACUUCUUGACUUUAUGGUGAAAACUCAGAUGUUGGGAAAGACAGCUACCUCCUUAGUGGAGAACCAUUCUGUGAGGAAUGAUGGAAAACUUGUACAGAGUGUAAAUGUUGGUAAGGAAAAUGGUAAUGUGAGGGAAAUUGAAACUCAUAUAUUGACAGCAUCGUCUUCAGAUGCAAAGGAUCAAAUAAAAGAUUGUCAAGAGGAAAGUAAAGACAAUGUUCCUGUAGUAGAACUGAAACGGAAGCGUGGAAGACCAAAAAAGAAUCCGACAGUUGAAAAACACGCAACAGCUUCCAAAGGCACCACUACAACGAGUGGAUCUCCAGAUUCUGGGAUACUUUCAAUCACCCAAAGUCCCAGCCACUCUCCUCGAACUGAGGCUAAAAGGGCUGCUGGCUCGCGAAAUGUGGCUAGUGGGAGUGUGAAGAAAGUUGAAGCAGCUUCUGUACCUGGUCCCACGCGGAAAACGCCAAUCCCUACGUCUCCUACUAAAAUUAACAUUGCCAGCCUCGAAAAGAGCAUCUACGCUACAGAAAGAGUACUAUAUCCUCCGCGUGGUAGGCGUCGUGGUCCCGGGCGCCCACCAACAAAAUCAAAAGAAGUCAAAAAAGAGGAGACCAUCGAUCCUGCGUGGCGAAAAAUUGAUAUUAAUAAAAAGUUUAGAAGGCCGAGUGUGAGUGGAUACAAAAGUGACGGAGGUACGGUGUGUAGUAAGAUCUUGGCGUCACAAAGUGGAUACACGAGUGAUUAUGGAAUAGUACGGAAGAGCCGUAUGUCCGGAUAUCGAAGUGAUUUUAGUACAAAAAGCAAAAAAAGUGGGUACAGAAGUGAUUACAGUGUGAAGGCAAAAAGCUGUGGCUAUCGUAGUGACUGCAGCAUUAGGCACAGAAAGAAGGUGAGACGAAAACGACGUACAAAGACACACAGCAACAAAUCAGCUGUUACGGAACAAGAUAUUCUACAGCUGGCUGGACUCAGCCUUGGUCAAUCCAGUGAAGAAAAUAGUCUUGAAGCCAAUACACCUGCAUCGAAAACCAGUGAAAAACUAUUUUCAUCCUUUAAUGCAGUUUUUGGAUCAGACAAGAAACUCACAUUUGGCAGCAUAGAAUUACCGUCACAAGCUAGAAAAUCACUCCAAAAGGUGGGGCAAGGUCAUUCCCUCUUCACGCGUGCGAGUAACUCGUUGUCUUUUAAGGAUGCCACCAGUAGCAAGAGCCUUCCAGGAAAUGCCAAGAAACUCACAGAUUUUAUAGGUAAAAUCAAAUCCAUGUCAACUUUCGGAUCCGUAUCGGUGGGAAAGCCCAAAGGAGUUGCCAAGAGGUUAGACGACGGUGUUUGCUCAUUUGGAAGCUUUCUUCAACAGCCUGGACAAAAAAUUAAGGAGAACAAUGCACUAAAAACUCCAUCCAAAGCCGCUGCCAUCCGGUCUAGAAGAUCUUCAGCUGUAAGUCGUUGUAGCAGCCGAUCAACUAUGUCACGGCAUUACCUAAAACGACGUCGUAGGAAGAGGCUGCAAUCACGGAAUGAUAGUGUAGUUAGUCGUGUAACUGAUUCAAAGUUUCUGCAAGAACUAGAUCAACUGAUAGCAUCAUUUGGAGUGACUUUUCAUAUUAGUGUAGAGAGAAAUAUGACGAAGGAGUCAGUACCUAAGUCAACAACAAAACGCGCUACUAAGAAACGAAAAGUGACAGAAACUGCUGAUUCACCAUCAACUAGUUCUGGCAAGAGGCGCAAUAAGAAAGCGCAAUCCUCUCAAAGUCCCGAUGAACAUAAACUACCAUUAAAGAAGCGCCACUACUUGCUAACACCAGGAGAGCGGAGUGAGAGUAAAUUGAUGCCAGACGAAGCCAGGAAUAGUGAUUCUGGGAAGACACAACCGAGAGCAGUGACGCCAAAGAAAAGGCAUCUCAUUGAAAAACAGGACGCACAACUACUCACCACUGAUAAUUUAUCGUCUGCCAUUAAAUCCAGCAACUCCCCAAUUACCAUUGACAUAAAAACCACAGAUUCAAAUGAGAUGAGUAUUUUAGAGUCUGGAACAAAUUUACGCAGUCGGCGUUCAGAUAUUGUAACACGAAAGAAAAAUCGCUUGGAAAAUCUCGUGUCAAAAAUGCAAGCUUCCCCAUCAGGAGAGAGUUCAAGUAGCAAAGGGCGCACAUCGGUUAUCAGCAAAAUGUCGACUGCUGCCCCACCACCUGGUGUCUUUGAACCAUCAAUUGAUUUAGAGCUACAGAUUCCAGUAUCUACCAUUGUUAUUCCAAGUCUUGUGACUAAAACGGAAGCUCUAGACUCCCCAAGAAUGUCUGAAUCCAUUGGUACAGUGGACACGAAUGAGAGUGGCCAACGACGAGGAGAAAAAGUAGUGGAGGCGCUGUUGAGCAAAACUGCGGGGCAAUUAUCCAAGCGGAAACGUAGGAAAGCUAUAAAUCGAACUGGAUUUCCUAGUGUAAAGAAAAGGAAAAAAAUUGUGCGGGACGCAGCAUCAAAGUUAUCUUGGAUUGGUGGUACAAAAGAACCUCAGAGGUCUGUUAAAGUACAACCACUCACAGUUGAAAAUGUUAAGAAGAUUACAGAAAAUUGUGAUCGAGUACCGAAAGUCGGAGAAACAGCAGAUACAUUUGUGGAGAGAAACAGUCGCCCUAGGCUCUCUGUAGUGAGCUUAGAAAGACUCCAAGGAAAAAUUCCUGAAGAAUAUUCUCCCACGUGCAUGGUAAUCAAUCCUUGUGGCUUAGAUCGUAGAGUACGGAAAAGUUUAGCAAAUGUGGAAGUUGUCGAAGGAAAGCGUCAGCUAAGAGUAAGGAAUCGUGAUGAGAGUAGUGUAAAGAAAAGAGAUCGGGAUAGUUCUCAAGACAGUGGAAGCGUUACAACUAUAGCUAAAAAGCUUAAGGAAGAGGAAACAGCAAAAGGACGUGAUCAAUCGUCAGACAAUGAACCUCUGAUAAACCUCGUCAAGUCUAAUGAACGGAAAAGAACACGAAAGAAAGCAAUCAAUGCUCUCAUCGAUAAUCUUACCCCAAAUGAGAUUCUCCCAGAAUCAGCAAAAAGAACGCGACUUCAAAGUGAAAUUGAAAAGAAAAACAAACUAGAGGCAGAAAUGCAGCCUGUGGUAAAAUUAGAAUCAAUGGAAAAUACUGCUGGAAUUAUUUUAUCUAGAAGAACCACAUCGAGAUCAUCUUCAACAAUUUUACUUUCAUCUACAAAUCUUGAACGUUCACCACGUCCAAAGUCGAGAAUGGAAGUAAGGAUGAGUCCUUUAGUAAUUUCUGCAGAAUCUCCCAAAGAUUUUACCUCAAGGAGCACAUCAAAUGAAACUGCUAGAGAAAGUCCUAAAAUUUCUAAAGAUGUAACAAUGAAAACACUGCAAAAGAUUUCCUUGGAAAGGAAUCAAGAUGUGCGAAAAGAACUUUCCAAAGAAGCUUCUAAAUAUUGUGCAAAAGAUGCAUCCAAAACUGUCAAGGAGAUUUCUAAAAUUGUUGAUAAAGAUGCCCCAGUAGUAGCAACAAAAGAGAAUUUUAAAGAAACUCAAAAAGAAGCCUUCAAAGUUGCUUCAAAUGAACCUUCUAAGGUGGUAUCAAAACAAAUUUCAAAAGAAAUGCCAAAAAUAUCCGCAAAUGAAACUAUUAAAAUUAUUCAGAAAGAAAUUCCAAAAUUGCCUUUAAAAGAUCCUGCAAAAUUAACUUCUAAUGAACUACCACCAGAUGAUUCAAAGACAAUUGAGAGAACGCUUAGGUAUAAAAGAGCAAAUUCAAUCGCAGCACCCCCAAUGGAAGGUAAUAUUAUGAAAAUUCAGUCAAAAGAGAAAUCCAAGGCGACAAACAAGGAAAAAAAUAAAAAUCCUAUAAAAACUCGAACUUUAAGAGGAAAAAGUUUAGAAAAGAAAAACCCUGAUCUUGAUGAAAUGAGUCUUGCAAAACGACAGCAAGCAUUUAAAGACCAUGUUAACGCUUCUACAGCUAAUACGCAAAAGAAAUCAGAAAAAAAUAAACCACAAACAGUUCAGAAAGUCCAAGAAGUAUUUCCUAAAAAUUCUAAUGUCGCAGUAAAUGCAGAUAUUUUAGAAACAAAAGGAAAAGUUGAAGUGAAAACUCUUAAAAGUCUAUCACCACAGCUUCUAGAAGAAUUGGAACAGGAACCAUUGCCAAUUAGCGAAGGUCCAUCAUACAUUCCGACAAGAGAUGAAUCACCUGGAAGUGUUGCGAGUGAGAAGAGUGCGAAAAAGCCAUCGAAAUGGAAGAAGAAAUAUCUCACUGCUGGUUUACUGUCCGAUACUUUCAAAGAGGAUGAAGGAAAAAAGCUUAGCCGAUCAGAAGACUAUAUGCCGCCUAUCUCACUCCUACCGCCACCACCUUACUGUGAACGUUUCCUUCGCAAAACACAGCGAGAUUUUCUUUUGCCUUAUGAUCUUUGGUGGGCAAAUGAGAAUGAAAAGCUCCCGGGAAGAAAUAGCGUACCAAGUUGGAACUACAAAAAGAUCCGUACAAAUGUAUAUAUCGAUGUGCGUGCAAAUCCUCGUACAGAUCAACCAUCUUGCAGCUGCAGGCCUGAUUCUGGAUGUGGUGAUGACUGCCUCAAUCGUGUAGUGUACACAGAAUGUAGCAUAGAGACGUGUCCAUGUGGAGAUAAGUGCCAGAACACAAAGAUUCAGAGGCACGAGUAUGCACCGGGUAUUGAAAGAUAUAUGACAGCCAAUAAGGGAUGGGGUGUUCGAACGAGACUCCCCAUUAAGAAAGGCAACUUUAUUUUGGAGUACGUUGGCGAAGUGGUCACAGAGAGAGAAUUCAAGGAUCGCAUGGCGACACUAUAUGUACGUGACACCCAUCACUACUGUCUUCAUCUCGAUGGAGGCCUUGUAAUUGAUGGACAUCGAAUGGGAAGUGAUGGACGAUUCGUGAACCACUCUUGCGCCCCAAAUUGUGAAAUGCAAAAAUGGAGUGUCAAUGGACUACCCCGAAUGGUUCUUUUUGCAGCACGAGAUAUCAAAUCCGGCGAAGAAUUAACCUACGACUAUAACUUUGCUCUGUUCAAUCCUGCAGAAGGGCAGCCAUGCCUAUGUGAGUCCCCGAUAUGUCGUGGUGUAAUUGGCGGAAAGUCACAGAGAGUCAAACCGGUUGUAGUAGAGCAAUCACACACCAAGUCCAGUAGCAGCGAUGAUAGUGCAUCUCGGGGACGUUCCCGGAAGAGAACAGCGAAGAAAAAUCAAUUCCAUAAUACGGGAAAAGAUCGAUCAGGUACACCACUAUUCCAGGUACCGUCAAACAAAGAGCAGAUCAUCAUCAGAGAGAGUCACUGUUUCCUUAUGCGAAAUCUUGGAAAGAUUCGUCGCAUGAAAGAGCGUUUGACGCAGCAACCACAAACCUCAGUGCCAUCACCCGUUACACUUUUGACAAGGAUCACAGAGCUCCGUGCGCCACGAAAUAUUCGUACACGCGGUCUAACUGUGGGGGAUCAUGAUCCGAAAAUUGAUAAAAUGGCCAAAAUGGCAGCAAUUUUUAAAGAUCUCUGUCGCGAGAUUUGCUGCUUCAAGGGGUCCGGACCACAUUGUGCCAUCAAUAAGUUAUGUUUACCGGCAAAAAAGAAAAUUCCGCAGUACUAUGAAGUAAUUACAAAGCCCAUUGAUAUGGCACAGAUUGAAGCGAAUGUUGAGAAAGGUGUAUACACAAAUCCCGCAGCUUUCGAUGAAGAUGUACAGAGACUAUUCAAUAAUGCCAUGACGUUCUAUGCGUUAGAAUCAGAUGAGGUAAAAGCAGCCAAAUCCCUUAUGACACUCUUCACGAAUAAGAAACAGUUGGUGUACGAGCAACUUCUAGAGAUAGUUGAUGACAAAGAUUCCCUGAAAGGAUACCAACGGUCCAAAGUGAAUGAGUUAGUCCUCAAGGCAGAGCCCAAUGAGGAUGUAAUUCAAUGCAUCUGCGGUCUCUUUAAGGAUGAGGGACUCAUGAUUCAGUGCUCAGACUGUCAAGUAUGGCAACAUACGGAAUGUACAAAGGCAGACACGGAGGCUGAGAGCUAUCGUUGUGAGAAGUGUGAUCCGAGACCUGUGAAUCUUGAAAUUCCUCUAGAUGAAUUUACAGAUGAAGGCUACAGGUACUACCUCUCUCUUCUGCGCGGUGAUUUGCAUAUACGACAGAGUGAUACGGUUUAUGUGCUGCGAGACAUUCCAAUAUCACCAGAUCCAAAAAAUCCUAGCCAACCACAACAAAAGCACACAUACGAGACGAUUGGGGAGAUUGAUUAUACAGAGUGUGACAUUUUCCGUGUCGAGAGAUUGUGGAAGGAUAAUAAUGGAAAACGUUUUGUAUUUGGGCAUCACUACUUGCGCCCUCAUGAGACAUAUCAUGAGCCAACGAGAAAGUUCUAUCCCAAUGAAGUUGUUCGUGUGCCUCUGUAUGAAGUUGUACCGAUUGAAUUGAUAAUGGGUAGAUGUUGGGUUCUCGAUCCGGUAACAUACUGCAAAGGACGUCCCGUAGACAGUGAUGAGAAUCACAUAUACAUUUGCGAACUCAGGGUGGAUAAGGGGGCACGCUUAUUUGCAAAAGUGUCCAAACAGGCUUAUCCUACAUGCACCAAGAGCUAUGCUUUUCGUAAAUUUGGACAAAAAAUGAAAAUCUCGCGUACAUACGCUCCACACGAUAUAGGUCCAACGCCACUUAAACCCAAGAAGCGUAAGGAAGAAGCAUCAAUUGUUUCGAGAAAAAAUUCCACAUCAAUCAUCCAACUGAUGCCGCCUCCAGCAAAAACAUUGAACGAAAAGAGAAAUCGGUUAGAGGAUACUCUGACGCGUCUCAUGAAUCGCCUGAAAAGUACGAAGCCAGAAAGUUUACCAGCUAUGGACUUAUCGUAUUUACUAACUGGAAGAGGCGCCCGACAACGUCGGGCCAAUGCCACAAGUGUGCCUGUUUAAUAAUCAUUUUAGGAAAUAAUCAAACUCUAUCUAUAUAUAAAAGUUAAUAGCCUAACUACAAACAUAUUGUGAACUAAAAAAAAAAAGAAACAGCAUUUUGAAUUAAACAGAAUCUGGGAAUUUUUUGUUGAAUGCUCAAUAUAGGCCGACAAAUUAUUAGGUACAUGAGAUACAUAAUGUAGCGAUAAAAUUCUUGCAUAAAUGCUCUCUCUAUUAUAUCUCUCGGUAAAACGCUUAAUAUUUUCAAUUGCAUUAUUUUUCUUUGUAAAACGAUAAAAUUAAUUUUAGAACUAGUAGUAAAAAAAAUGGUUCCGAAGUACCUAAAAAUAAAUCGAAUAUUGAAAAGAUUUGCAAAAAAAAAAGAAAAAUGUUAUAUUACAGCAGUUAUAAUUUUGGUCAAUUGGAGGUGAGAUUGGAAGAUUUGUUUGUUUAUUUUUUAAGUGGAUUAAGCAUAUCAUGAUAUGCAAAAUUGGAUUUAUUAUUUAUAAUUAUUAUAAAUACCUAAGAUUAAACAAUAUUUAGUCAUAAAAAAAACUUUUUAAUAAUUGUGGAAUUAAUAAAAUUUUAAGUUUCCGCGGA